UAGGCAACGAGAGUGUUCAGUUUACAGUACCUGCACGGCAAAGGUGUGUCUGUAAGAGGACACGGUGCUUAACCAGCAAACUAUUCUAGGAUCACCUGGGGCAGAUUCCUUCUCCACCAAAAUAUUUAUGACAGAAUGGCUUUAGCAAGUGGACACUGGGUUGCCAAGGAAACGAAAGGUAAACCGCCAAGCCCCAGGCACAGCCAUGCGCUAGCUGUGGCUGGGAAUAUAGCUUUCCUGUUUGGAGGGGUGUCCACCAUAUCCCAUGAGGAGGAGCAGCCAGUAUAUUUGAAUGACUUCUACAUGCUCACAGUUUCAGCCACUCACAUCACAUGGGAGGUGAUGCCACAGAAUGGGGUUGUACCCUCAGCAAGAGAAGGGCACACACUUUGUGUGGUUAAAGGCAAGCUCUACCUGUUUGGAGGAGUGGCCAGUCCACAGGCUGGAGAAUGUCUUCCUGGAGUCUACUGCUUUGACAUAGUGUCAUUGACGUGGGAGCGGCUUGCCACAGGCGGUGUGUCUCUUAGAACCAUCAGACACAGUUCCGUCUCCGUGGGAGACAACAUUUAUGUCUACGGUGGGCUCCUAGACGGUGUCCCCACUGAUGACCUCAUGGUGUUCAACACAGUCUCUCUGAACUGGACCCCAGUCAAGACCACUGGCACUCUGCCAUCUGCAAGAUACAACCACACGUUUGCUGUAGUCAGUGAGCAGGUGUUCAUGUUUGGGGGAUGUGCUGAGGAUGGCUGCUACUACAAAGACAUUCAUGUUCUCAACACGGAAACCCUGGUGUGGCAGAGGUAUGGUGUGAAGGGGGAGUCGCCCCUGGCCUGUGCAGGUCAGACCCUCACAGCACAUCAUGACAAGGAUAUUUACUUGUUUGGUGGAAAAUGCACCAGUCAGGAUGGAACAGUCACAUCAACCAAUGAAAUUCAUAAAUUAAGCAUUGCUAAGAUGAAAUGGAAGGUGCCUCUCUAUGUGGGGAUUCCUCCGGCCCGCCGUCAUGACCAUACAGCCUUCAUCCUUCACAGCCAUAUAUAUGUAUUUGGUGGCAAAAAUGAAGAACAAGAAUUCAAUGACCUGAAGGUGAUGAAAUUGAUUAACCCAUCCGAAAGACAGCCAGUGAUGAAGGAGAUUCUAUCUGAGUUUGGGCUUCAGGGAGUCAGCCAUGGCUUCGCGCCGACAAAGGUCCCCAAUGUCAAGUAUGAGCUGAGUGAGUCUCCAUCUCUGUUUUCUGUGAGGACGGAUGCAGCUGCCUCUGAACAGGUUACAGCCCAAAGAGACUUCAGUGCCGUCCGAGAUGAGGCGAUGGAUAUGAUCCAUAAAGCUUUCUCCAUGCUUGAUGGAGAGUUUCAGAAGCUUGACAGAGAAAGGUCAGAGCUUGCUCAGUCUGCAGCUGCUCUUCAGUACAAGAGAGAAUCUCACCAAGCCCACCAUCAGCAACAGGAGGAGGAACUACAGGAAAUGCUUGAGCGACACAGAGCCCAGAAUGAGACCUGGCUACGUGCACGGGCAGAGGAGAAUGACAAGGAAAGGAAGGGGCUGUGUAAACUCAGGGAGGAGAUUGUGCACGAGCAGGGUAGACUGGAAGAGGAGCAGGGAAACAUCCAGAAACGCAGCGAACAUCUCCUAUCCAUCAUGCAACAGUUUAAAGGCAUGUAAAGACACGUAACCAUGGCAACCAACUUGGACGUGCCGAGUUUGUGGGUGUGGCUUACUUUCCAAGGAUGACCAACUCAAAAGCGUCUGUAAAAAGGAAAUGUGACAUUCAUUUGUGUUUUUCCACUGGUGGGUGUGUUUGAAUAGUUAGCAUUUUGUGCAUAGCUAAGAUUAACUUUUGUUGUCUUUUGCCAGAUAGUCAUAAUAGACAGGGGGAUAAUUUUGACACUGUCAAAAGAAAAAACACCACUCAAGGCAUUUGUUUAAUCCUCAGGAAUGGUUGCUAAAAAAUUCCUAGGAUAUAUCAAAAUUGGUCAUGAUAGGUCUAAGCAAAAUGUUGUAAAGGAGAAUAAUUAACUGAGUUGUAGAUUGAUGUAGCCUAAUCAUGUUCAUAAAAAUGUUGGAUUAUUUGGCAUAUCUUGUCAAAUCUGCAUAAAACAACUUUCUGUUCCCUCAUCUUUCAAAUAAUCCUACACUGAAGGUUUACACUUUUAUGAACAUACUUUAAAAUAACUGACGGAAUGUUAUAUUCUAAAUGUGGGCAAACCCUGUAUGGGAAUAGAUAACUCACAAAUUAAACCAAUAAAAUUAUAGAAAAAAAUGCUUUGCAUAAGAAUUGGUUGUCAAUUAAAUAAUUUACUCAAAGAGCUUUCCUCUUGUCCUCCAAUUGUUACCAGCCCUGUCGCAGCAUAGAGAUCCUAUUAAAUGAAUAAAGUAUUAUAAUUCUUAA